AUGUCGAAGAAGAAAACUGAAAAAGAAUGCCAAAUUCUACCAAAAGUUUCAAAACCAAAACUUCUUGAAUGCUGUGCACUUCCAGAUUUCUUCAAAUCUGAUGUUCGUGAGACAUGUGUUUCAGAGUGUAGCGAUUCAGAUGCCGAUCAAGAUCCAUGGUGUUGCAUGACAACAUGUGCAAUGGAAGAGACUGAACUGGGAUCAAAUGGAACCAUUAAUAAGGCAUCGGUGAAAAAAUAUUUCUAUGACAUCUUCAUUUCUAUUGAGAUAAGAAAGAUGCUUGACAAAACAUUGACUAAAUGUGAAAAUGAAUCUCCAGACUCUCAAACUGAGCAUUGUGAUCACCCAGAAUAUGGAACCAUCUUAAGUUGCAUUCAUCAUGAGCUUUUUAAAACAUGCAUAAUGGCAAAAACUGAUCCAAUUUGUCAAAAAAUUAAGAACUUCAUUAAAAAAUGCCCUUCACGCAAGGACGAGCUUUUUGACUCAAAGUAAAAGACUUAUGACAAUGAAAAAACUUUAUAAAAUAAAUCUGUUCAAAAUCAAGGAUAAUAUCCG